ACUAUUCUCUAUUCUCUAUUCUCGACUUCUUUCUCCUUUGGUUAAAGCAAAGCAGAAAUUUUUAUUUUAUUAUUAUAUUUAUGUUUACCUAUUAAUAAAACAAAUUAGGUUGUCCUCUCUUUCCUCUCCUCGAUACCCACCACUGUACCUGGUAACCGAGAAGCGAUGUGGGAUUGGGAUACAUCAGCAUAAGCGAUGUGGGAUUGGGGUACAUCAACACCGCAGCUCUAAAUCAAUAAAUACUUUCUUCCUCGCAAUCGCUGUCCUUCUCUUCAAACCAAUACGACGUCGCUUCUCAUUCUCCAUCUCCGCCUUCCAUGGCUGAAUCUUCCAAAGAGGAGCUCGUCCAGCUUAUCAAGCGUUUUGGGGCUUAUCUCACCGUCAAGAUGUCCAAUAUCUUCUCGAUCUCUUUCCAUAACCUGAAUGCACGAUCCGUUGGGGCUAUUGCGGGCCUUGCAGUGGCAAUAGUUUUCACCUGGAGGCUUUUGAGAUCACCCAGUGCACCUCAAAGAAGACAACCGAAAAGGCAGGCGCCUGCUGCCAGUAGUUCUAGCAUCACUUCACAUAUAAAUGCGCCCUUUUCACCAUCUGGAGUUUCGCCAUCAGAGGAUGCGAGAGCACAAAAUGUUGUUGACGAGUUUUUUCAACCCACAAAGCCAACCUUGGGACAAAUAGUUAGGCAGAAAUUGAGCGAAGGAAGAAAGGUGACAUGUCAAUUGCUUGGAGUACUCCUUGAGGAAACCAGUCCAGAAGAGCUUCAGAAACAAGUGACUGUGAAGUCCUCCGUUUUGGAAGUACUAUUGGAGAUAACGAAAUAUUGUGAUCUGUAUCUGAUGGAAAGAGUUCUGGAUGAUGAAAGCGAAAAAAAGGUUCUUUUGGCAUUGGAAGAGGCUGGGGUUUUCACAUCUGGUGGUUUGGUUAAAGACAAGGUUCUCUUCUGUAGCACAGAGAUUGGAAGGGCCUCUUUUGUACGACAGUUGGAGCCAGAUUGGCAUAUCGACACGAAUCUUGAGAUAGUUUCACAGUUAGCUAGGUUUAUCAAGUACGAGCUUCACAUCUCUCCCACCAGAACUGAAAGGACUGCGUCUAAUGUGUUCAGCUCCCCAUCCUUAGAACAGUUCUUUGGAUCAGUUUGAUGCUUUUAAACAAAUAAAAACAUGCAAAUAUAAUUCAUAAACUUUUAUUAGGUGGUUUUUUCUUCCCCAUAUGUUUAUUUUUAAUCUUUUAACCAUGCAUUACAUUCCAUCUCCAGCUUAUUACAGCCUGCGGUUACUGGUGGCCAAAAUGAAAGACUUGUUCUGCAUCCAUCUGUUCAAAGGAAAAAUUAAAAUAUGUGUUUGGAACUCGUGUAAUAGAUUGGAUAUCAUCCAAACUUUUUUUCUCUUGAUAGUUUCAAAUGUCUGUAAUUUAUAUUAGUGAAAGAGAUUGAUGAUUACUCAUCACAUACAACAGGAUUAGCUGCA